UAUAAAGGAAAUUAUACACCAGUUUUACAUGAAUUCAUUUGCACUUUAUUUACUGCUUUACAUUCAUAUACUUUUUUUUUUCGUGAAGGUAAUCUAAUCCUUCAAUGUCAGAGAAGUAAUACAAAAGAUACAGGAGUAUGUGUAUGCAUAAAUAGUUAUAUAAAGAAGAAAUACGUAGUAAAAGUGAAAGCAAACAAUAGUAGAAAUUUGAACAGAUAAUUUGACAGUGUGUUAAGAUUUAGAUGCAAGAAAUGACUAUAAGAAAUUUUUAUUUGAAAAUACAUGCACAUGUAGAUAAAAAGAGAUCUGAACAUAGGCGGAUUCAUACCCGCAAAGGCGUCUGCAUUGCCACUCCGUCAUCAUCCUCGAUGAAUUCCAUCGUGCAGCAAGCUUCUUAACUUGUUGUUCUGAACUUGAAAUCCUAUAUCUUCUCCCUUAAUCUUCAGUAUUGCAGCUGCGUACGGUGUGUAUAAAUGCUGCAUCGACGUACGUCUGUGCAUGUACGAUUCGAUUUGGAACUGGCGCGCCCGAUCGAGGAGCGUAGACUAGACUCAUUCAAGCAGUUUCAUUGCUAUUUACCGGGAAAAUGUCCAGGCCAGGGUGUAAAACGCAAAGUCGCGGGCGGGUUGUCUUUGUGGCGAGUUGUCCGGGAUUCGUCACUACGGUAGUAAGUCAGAGCAUGUCUUCCUAUAAUAAAGAGCGUCUCUGUUGUUAUGGCCGCUGAAUAUGAUCUGAGCUGUUCGAGCUGAUUAUGGCACUGGAUCUGGCCGAAUUGAAGUGACAAAAUUCAAGACCUAACCAUAGAGUUACGGGCUUUAAGCAUUCUGGAACCUACAGGAGGUUCCAACCCUCUGACUGAUGACAGGGAGGGCGGUCAUCUGGAAAGCAGCAACUGUUGGGGCAGUAACUGCAGUCAAUGAAGUUAGACCUGGAAGCUUGGCAGCUGGAGACGGCUUUCUUCCAGAAGCUUUGGUAUUCAAGGUAUUCAAGAAGAAGCAUCUCCUUUAAACCUCUUGGAAUUGAUGCGUCAUCUGAAUACAAAUUACUCAUCAAGGAUGGAAGGAAAACAACAACUCUUCGAUUAAAGAUAAAAGAAAUGGCUGAUUCAGUGGAGGAGACAGCAGCUAAUGAACUUGCCCUACCCAUUCCAAUCAUCGUAGUCAUUGCUGUAGGGAGCUACAUCUUAGUCAUAGUUCUUAUCCUUGUCAUCAGACAGUUCUUGGUUGCCAGAGGUAUUUGUGUAGAGUGCGCCCCCUGUGGUCAAGAAGAUGGCAGUCUACAAUGCUGUGACUGUUGGAUAGCAUUGGCAGAGUCCUGUAACUGCUGUGCUUAUCCAAACAUUAAAACAUGCCUAGAUGCUGUGUGUGGGCCAGCUACUAAGAAAUGUUCUGUUCAAAAGUGCCUUACUUGCCAGGCCUGUAUGCAAUGCUGUGACAACUCUGAUGGUUGCGAGUGUGCAGGUAUGGACUGUGCUUGCCAGGCUCCUGAAUGUGAAAGUAUUGAUUGCUUGUGUUUCAAGAUCCAGCUUCAAGCUUGAGAAUCAUUACAUUGGCCAGCUCAACUAUUCACCUAUAGCUAGAAACGUGAUCUUUUAGGUCGGAUAUUGUCACAAUAUUCAAAGUUUUAAUUGAAUUGUUUCCAACGUGGAUGAUUUAACAACUUUUAUGUUAUAUCAUUUUUUUUUGAGAUUUCACAACAUUUUACUACAUUUUUUAGGGAAAGAGCAUCACUAAAAUUACGAUACUUUAGAGGUGCCGUGGUCGAGUGGUUAAGUCGCCGGACUGUCGAUCACAAGGUCCGCAGUUCGAGACCCGCCGCGGCACUAAUGUCCUUUGGCAAGACAUUGAUCUACAUUUGCUACACUCAACCCAGGUGAUGUAAAUGGCUACCUGGCAGGAGUUAAUUCUUUGAAAUGCUCGAGCGCCGUAAUGGCAGAACAGCUGAAGUCGGGGUAAUAAUCUUUAAGUUUGGAAGCACUUGGUGAUUGUGAUAAGCGCUAUAUAAAAACUGAGUGUUAUUAAUCUUCUUGCACUAUUGAAUGCAGCUACUUGAAUACACAUUGCAUGCGUCCUGCCAAAAAUAUGUAAAACAUAACAGAAACCAUUAUUUCAAAACCUUUUUAGACUAUAAGUCGAUCCAUCAUGACACAAACAAACAAAUUAUGACCGAUAUGACGCUUCUGGAUAAUUAGUACAAUUAUUGGUUUGAAUAUAUAGUGCUCAAUCACUUUGUUCACUCAAAAAUAUUCAAUUUAUCUGGCACCAUAUGCUGCUACUUAUGAUUUUUAAAGAAUUGUAAAAUAAUCAUCAGUUUUCAAAAAGUGGAAGGGAUGGGGUAUUUUGGAAAUGUUCGCCAAUUCCAAGAUAAGUCACCAGCAUGAAUAUCGUCGCUGUUUUCACGAAGUGACGGUAGUGAAAAAAUAUUGCAUUCACUUUGCGUUACGAUUUUCCUCACUACCGUCACUUUGUGAAAAUAGGGACGAUAUGUCUUACUUGGUCUGCAAUCUCAUUUUAUGUAUAUUUUUGUUAAUGCCUGACAAAUCUCUGAUGUAGGGGAAUAAUUAUUUUGUACCUGACUCGAUUUGAUUUCUCAGGCUUUUUUUUGUUUUGUUGUGUUGUUUUCAUUUUCAUUAUUAUAUCAUUAAUAUUAUUAUUCAUAGUUCACAUGUGCAGUGCUAUUGCCAAUUCCUUAUCAAGGGACAAUUGAGUGAGAAAAAAAUGUGGUCUAACCAUGGACAUGGCUUGUUGCACGCAUGAAUGUGAACUGUUUUUAGUUUACAGACAGUUUUCAGUUUACAUCAACAAUUUUCAUUUUGCCAUCGUUUUUAGUCAAUCUUAUAAACACAUCACCUUGAAUAUAAUUUCAUUGUAGACCUACAUUGCAGAAAUAAGGUAUGUGCUAUAUCUUUGCAUACAUGUAGAAGCCAUAUGUUGUUAUAUUUCAUGACUUUGUCCUGAAUGAUUAUAAUUCUCCUAUAAUUUGUCCUAUAUUCUUCUUCUCUCUCUCUCCUUCUUUCUUUCUUUCUCUCUUUCUUUCUUUCUCUCUUUCUUUCUUUCUUUCUUGAUCGUGGGCUAUUCCUCUUGGGAUGAUGUUGAGGGGAAUUUUUUUUUUUUUUUUUUAGUUCUCACUAUAUCACCUCUGACUUUAUGUAAUACAAAACAUGUCAAGGUAUAAAGUCACCAUGUUUACAUGCAGAGAUCACUCAUUUUUAUGGAAUGAUAUUACAGACAUUGACUAGAUUCAGCAAACAAAUUGGUCCUUCUAAAAAAUAUUUAAAAAAUUGGAGUACUUUAUGGCAACUUGGCAAGAGUAAUCAGCAAACAAGUUAAGUUUAUACAGUACCGUAGGCUUGCGGGUGCACCAUGUGAGAGAGAGGGAGGAUUGAGGAGUCCUGAAAAGGACUCUUUGUAAUCUUUCCUUAGGGUUUGUAGUCCUGAAAACCUAAGUUUAAUGGAAAACAAAUUGUAGACAAAUUUAUCAGUUCUUAUACAUGUAUAUCCUUGGAUAUGUAUGUUCCAAAUCCAUAAUACAUACCUGUACAUGUUUAUUAUCUAGCAUUUCAUACACUGUUUGAAUGUUUGAAUAACAUUACUGUGUUUGUUGUAGGUCGCAACUACAUUAUAUGUAAGGUACUUUGUUGUAAAUACGAUGUUGAAUUUGGGAGGGGGAGGGGGGGGGGGUUAAAUUAUGUAUAGUACCUUACAAAACACUUUUCUGAUGUUGGUUAAGAAUAUGACUUCAUUAUUUAUUGCUCAUAUAAUUUGAUUGUAUAUAUGCAAUAACAGGUUUAUAAAUAUAAUAUUGUAGAAAUACUGUACUUGAAAUAAAUAUUUUCAUUGAAUUUGCCAUGUU